CUCAGUCGCCCCGGGCGUCUACUGACUGCCACCCAGAACGCCCACCACAGAGAGAAAAGGGGAGAUUGGGAUGGCUGUGGUUAGAGAACGUCGCCCACUCAACCUGAAGCUUCCGUUGCCCGAGCUCGCCGAUCGCCGGCCGCGCUUCCCUCUGCCGCUCCCACCGGCUUACUUCAUGGCGCGCGAGCGGGAGGUAGAGCGCCUCUCCGACCUCGAGACGCAGCAGGUGCUCGGCCGCGGCAACGGCGGCACCGUCUACAAGGCGCGCCACCGCCGGACCGGCGCGGUGUACGCGCUGAAGGUCGUGCACGGCGACUGCGACACGCCGACCCGGCGGCAGACGAUCCGCGAGAUGGAGAUCCUGAAGAAGACCGACUCGCCGUACGUCGUGAAAUGCCACGGCAUCUUCGAGAACCCCGCGGGGGACGUGAGCCUCGUCCUGGAGUACAUGGACGGCGGCGCGCUCGAGGGGCUCCUCCAAUCGAAGAGAACCUUCUCCGAAAGAUCGAUCGCCGGAAUCACCCGUCAGGUGCUCGAGGGCCUCAGCUACCUCCACGGCCAACGGAUCGUGCACCGAGACAUCAAGCCCUCCAAUCUCUUGAUCAAUCGCAAGAACGAGGUCAAGAUCGCCGACUUCGGGGUGAGCAAGAUCAUGUCUCGCACGCUCGACCCCUGCGACUCCUACGUCGGCACCUGCGCUUACAUGAGCCCCGAGCGGUUCGACCCGGACAGCUACGGGGGGAACUACGACGGAUACGCCGGCGAUGUCUGGAGCCUCGGCCUCACCCUCCUGGAGCUCUACCUCGGCCACUUCCCCUUCCUAGAGCCCGGCCAGCGCCCCGACUGGCCCACGCUCAUGUGUGCCAUCUGCUUCGGCGACCCGCCGUCCCUCCCGCCCUCCGCCUCCCGCGAGUUCAGAAGCUUCAUCGAGUGCUGCCUGCAGAAGGACUCCGCGAGGCGGUGGACGGUGUCGCAGCUGCUCGGCCACCCCUUUGUCACCAAGAAGAAGAGCUCCUCCUCCUUCCUUUCCUCCGCUCUCGAGAAGCUCUCCGUCUCCUGAUCAGCCUCCCGUCUCACGUGCCGAGCCAGCGCUCCCCCGCCUUUUUGUUGGACGGGAACCGGGAUCUCCUAAUCAUGUACAUAGAGCGACGGAUCCACGAGUUCCCGACGGCUUCCCCUCGCCGGUGAAACGGAGCUUUUUUUUUUUUUUUUUUCCCACAGCAAGACGCUGAUGGUAAAAAUCGCGGAGAAUUUUGUCUUUUUGUAAAUUCCAGUAUUACCACAUCUCUUUAAGCAAAUGAGAAACAUUUCGCUUAA